AUGCCAGUAUCUGAAGAUUCAAUUGCUGAAACUGUAUUCUAAGCUAAUCGCAUUUGUUAAAAAAUUAGAUGUGAAAAAAGUAGAAUUGAAGAAAGUGAUCCUUUAGAAACUGAAAAAUUUUAUGGUAUUUCAAUAUGAUCUAUCUCAGUUACAUCUUCAUGGGUUUUAUUCAUUGUUGGAGUCAUAUUGUUUGUUUUGGGUUUUUCAUAUGAAGAUGUUAAAUCAACAUUGACAUUGCUUGGUACUAUUUUCAUUGUUUUACCUACACUAAUAUCAAUUAUUGUUGUUAUUAUUAGUAUAACAAAAUCACCUAAAUUAAUUGAUCUUGAAUAGGAAUGUACAAAUAAAUUAGGAGAGUUCUUUGAAGUUCAAACUCAAUAAUAUAGAAAGAAAGGAUUGUAAUGGUCAAUAGGUGAUUAAAUUUUGUGGAUUUAGUUGGAAAAAAUAUGA